AUGGGUCCCUUGGGGCUACUGGUGGCCCUAGCCUUACACCUGGCAAUGUGCUCCCGUCCGCACCGGGACUACUGCGUGCUGGGCGCCGGUCCUGCCGGCCUACAGAUGGCCGCCCUCCUGCAUCGAGCCGGCAGGGACUACGAGGUAUUCGAACGCGAGUCCGCACCUGGCAGCUUCUUCACUCGCUAUCCGCGCCACCGCAAGCUCAUCAGCAUCAACAAGCGGUACACGGGCAAGGCCAACGCCGAGUUCAAUCUCCGCCACGACUGGAACUCUCUGCUCAGCGACGACCCACACCUGCUCUUCAGACACUACUCGCAAGCUUACUUCCCCGACGCCAGCGACAUGGUGCGCUACCUGGGUGACUUCGCGCAGCGCCUGGGGCUCCAUGUGUUAUACAACACAAACAUCACCCAUGUGACUCUGGACAAGGAUCCACAAGCCUGGAACGGCCAUUACUUCAUUCUGACGAACCAGAAGGACCAGGUUUACCAGUGCAGCGUCCUGCUUGUAGCCACUGGUUUGGCAGUCCCCAAACUGGUUGACUUCCCUGGCUCUGAGUAUGUGGAGGGGUACGAGUCUGUGUCCGUGGAUCCUGAAGACUUUGUGGGUCAGAGCGUGUUGAUCCUAGGCCAUGGGAAUUCAGCCUUCGAGACAGCAGAAAACAUCUUGGGUGUCACUAACUUUGUCCACAUGCUGAGCCGAUCCCGGGUCCGGCUCUCCUGGGCCACCCACUACGUCGGAGACGUCAGAGCCAUCAACAAUGGCCUACUGGACACCUACCAGCUGAAAUCACUAGAUGGGCUCCUGGAGUCAGACCUGGAGCACCUGGCUCUCGUGAAGGACAGCGAGGGCAAGUUCCACAUCACCCUGAAGUUCCUCCUGGAGGAUAACAGCAACCAGAGUGCCGACUCCAUUCUCCUCCCGCAGGAUGACAAUGACAACUUUGCCAUGCGGGUGGCCUACGACCGUGUUAUCCGCUGUCUGGGCUGGAAGUUUGACUUCUCCAUUUUCAACCAGUCCCUCAGACUCUCCUCAGGGACUGAGUUCGGCAAGAAGUACCCACUGAUCAAAGCCAGCUAUGAAUCCAAAGGAAGCCGGGGUCUCUUUAUCCUAGGGACUGCCAGCCACUCAGUGGACUACCGGAAAUCCGCUGGCGGCUUCAUCCAUGGAUUCCGAUACACGGUGCGUGCUGUCCACCGGCUGCUGGAACAUCGGCACCAUGGUAUCGCCUGGCCAUCCACAGAGCACCCCAUCACACAGCUGACCAGCUCCAUCAUUCGGCGUGUAAAUGAGGCUUCUGGGCUGUACCAGAUGUUCAGCGUGCUGGCUGACAUCGUCCUGUUGAAGGAGAACGCUACAGCAUUUGAGUACCUGGAGGAGUUCCCUAUGCAGAUGCUGGCCCAGCUGGAGAUGCUCACAGGGAGGACAGCACGCCACGGGCUCUUUGUCAUCAACAUGGAAUAUGGCAAAAACUUCUCUGGGCCUGAGAAGGAUGUCUUCUAUUAUGACCGUUCCGUGGCACACAUAGAAGAUGCCUGGAUGUCUAACUUCCUUCACCCUGUCAUCUAUUACUACAGACACCUCCCCACCGAGCAAGACAUGCGGUUCCGUCCUGCACAGUGGCCCCUGCCUCGGCCUACGGCCAUCCACCACAUCGUGGAGGACUUCUUGACUGACUGGACAGCCCCAGUGGGACACAUCCUCCCAUUGAGGCGCUUCCUGGAAAACUGUCUGGACACAGAUCUGCGUAGCUUUUAUGCAGAGUCCUGUUUCCUGUUCACUCUCACUCGCCAGAGGCUGCCGCCCUUUUGCCAGCAGGGAUACCUGAGGAUGCAGGGGCUCUCAAGCACCAAGAGCCUUCGGCAGCAUGGUGUGGAAAGCAGGCUCCUGCAGGACUACAUGGCCACGGAGAACAGCAGCAGGUGGCUUGGUGACCACUCCUCAGCUCCAGGGCCUCUGACUCAAUCCCUUGACAGCAACAGAGAGGAGCUUUGAGCAUCCUCUCCCAGACUAUGAUGGCUGGCACCUCUCCAGGAAACCUAUGCCAGGGAAACCUCCCUCUCACCUUUCAGGCUGCUCAGGACCAUCACAGAGAUAACAGGCAACAGGACAGCCUGUAGAGUGCAGAAGGCUGGGAUAAGGUCACAUAGUGGUGUCC